AUGGCGGACGAUAGCUGUCAUCCAGUGGAGCUACCUGACUCAAACGAGGUACCAGAAAAGGCGCUGUCUCUUGGCGACGCGCUCAGCGAGAGUAUAGUCACAGUCGAGAUCGGACCGGACCAAAAAAAGUACUACGUACACAAGGCCCUACUUAUUCACCACUCGGAAUACUUCAAGAGAGCAUUACGGGGUGCUUGGAAAGAGGCGCACAAAGACCUGGUCACUAUUGAGGAUGUCGAACCAGUCGUCUUCAACAUCUUUCUACAUUGGCUGUAUACACAGCAGAUUCCCAAUUCUCUGGACUAUGAAGAGUGGGAUCAAGUCAUGGGCACUAAAGGAACAUCUGAUCUCGAAGAUGCAAUGACCAGAGUACAGGCGUACUCGUUUGGCGAUCGCUUCCUCGUGCCAAAUUUCCGGAGAACCAUGAACGAGGCUUUUGUGGACAUGAUGGUGGCAGAUGUUUUACCAGAUCCCUCCAAAGUGGAUGAUCUGGUAGUAUGGGCUUUCGAAAACGUACCCUCCGAUCGGCCGCUACUGCAGUUACUUGUUAACCAGUUCUGCGACGACUGGAACAAUUUCCCCGUCAGUGCAACCGAGAUAGAAGCCCUGAAGACACUUCCUGGCAGCUUCCUUGCACGAGUGGUAACGAGAUACAAUCAGCUCAAGAAUUAUCCAAACAACGAUAUCCAGUGCUGCUAUCUUGAGCAUACCGAUUAUGAGCUCGAGUCCUGUACAAAGACGCACAUGGUUUUCGACCCGAUGAUCGAAUACGGUUCUUUCAACUAA